AUGCGUUUGAAUCUGCUCUGUUUACGUCGUCGACAGCCACAACCACCAUCUUCGUUCACCAUCACCAUAUUACUCAACUUAAUGCUAAUCUCGUCGUCGUCAUUUUGGUCAGUCGAAUCGAGUUUCGUUCAUAAAAUUGGCCUCAAACCAUAUGGACACUCAACUGAUGCAUCCAAAAGAAUUGACGAUACAAACGAUCAACGUACCGAAUUUGUACGUACCUCAUGGAGUGAAGCGUCAUACACUAAACUGAGAACAUUCAGUAAGUGA